GCAUGCGCAUCGCGGUGUCAGGCCCGGCGGGCGCGCAUGCGCGGGGAAGCAGCGAGGCCCUCGCUGUCAGAAGCGCGCCGUAGUUUCCACUGCGGGGCGACGUUGGCGGAGCGGCGGCGGUGGCGGCAGUGGAUGCGGGGCGGCGCUGGCCGCCGCUCGGCUCCUUCCUCACUCACCGGCCCAACAGAUUUUGUUGUAAAUGCAUAACAAACUGCAGGCACAGCAUGAAGAAGGCAAGCAGGUCCGCUUCUGCGGCAUCCAAAGUCCAGGGCACUUGUAAAAUGCAGACUGUUGAGAAAGUUAAAUCUGACAACUGUUCUUCACUGAAUACAGUCACAAAGACCUCGAAAACGGCCGGGGCAACAGCAGCAUUGACGAAGGCCAAGAGCAGAAGCAAUGAUGAUCUGUUGACCGGCGGGCCUGGUGGAUUGACCAACACGACCAAAGCUAAGAAGGGUGUCUGCCUCCCGUCAUCUGCAGGGAUGGGCUCUGCAUCAACUGUAUCAAGCAGCAACGCUGAUAGCAAAGUAAAGAACACUGCAGGUCCGAGUGCAACUUCCAAAAGGAAUCCAGCUCCAGGAAAUAAAGAGAUCAAUUGUAGUAGAGAUAAAACUCGUGAGCGGUCACGACAGAGCACAAUUAAAAAAUUGGCAUCUUCCAGCCAGGGAGGUAACGAUGUUAUUAAACGCACACAUGGUCGUAUGGCAGCAGAAUCUGACACUCGAAUUAGUAAAUCCAAGUCAGAUGGCCAGAUCAGUGAUAAAGUUGCUCUCGAAGCAAAGGUAAAAGAUCUUCUUGCUUUAGCUAAAAAUAAGGACAUGGAGAUUCUGCACCUGAGAAACGAACUGAGAGACAUGCGUGUUCAACUGGGACUGAGCAAUGAUUUGCUCGAGGGUGAGGAAAAGCCUGAGACAAAAGAGGGUGCUGUACCCCAUCAGUCCAGAGAUACUGAAUCAAAUCUGCUCCAGUUGGAAGAGCAGAACAGUACAUUCCGGGAUGAGCUGAACCAGAUGAAAAGUGAGAACCGAAUGCUAAAAGAUCGACUCAAUGCUCUUGGUUUCUCUUUGGAGCAAAAGAUAGACAAUGCAGAGAAGCUAUUUGGCUUUCAGCCCUCAAGUCCUGAGGUAGUUGCUGGCAGCCAAAGUGAUGGCGGCACAUUAACUUCCUCAGUAGAGGGAUCAGCAAUUGGUUCUAUGGAAGAUCUCCUGAGUCAGGAUGAGAACACUUUAACUGACAACCGCAGCAAUUCUCUUGACAAUCUGGACAGUGAAUCUAGUGAGGUCUACCAGCCCCUAACCUCUAGUGAUGAUGCAUUAGAUGCUCCCUCGUCGUCUUCUGAAUCUGAGGGCGCACCAAUCAGAGAGCGGUCAAGGAAGGGGAGUAGUGGGAACGUGAGUGAAGUCUCAGUUGCCUGUUUAACAGAGCGUAUUCACCAGAUGGAGGAGAAUCAACACAGCACAGCGGAGGAGCUCCAGGCCACCCUUCAGGAACUUGCAGACCUCCAACAGAUUUCACAGGAGCUGAAUUCUGAAAAUGAGAGGUUCGGGGAGGAAAAACUCAUUCUGAUGGACUCCUUAUGCCAGCAAAGUGAUAAACUGGAACAUUUCAGCAGGCAGAAUGAGUAUUUCCUUUCUUUGCUGGAUGAGCACCAUAUUUCUUACGUUCUAGACGAAGAUGUAAAAAGUGGCCGCUACAUGGAACUCGAACAGCGUUACAUGGAUCUAGCUGAAAAUGCACGUUUUGAACGUGAGCAGCUCCUUGGAGUACAGCAGCAUUUAAGCAACACUCUAAAAAUGGCAGAACAAGACAACAAAGAUGCACAGGAAAUGAUAGGUGCUCUGAAAGAACGAAACCACCAAAUGGAACGGAUCAUGGAUUCCGAGCAAAAGGCCAAAACAGCGCUUGCUGGUGCAUUGGAAGAAUACAAAGUAACUGUUGCAAAUGAUCAGAUUGAGCUGAACAGGUUCAAGGCAAUGUUAGAACACGAGAAACAGAAAGUCGCCGAAUUGUAUGCUUUUCACAAUGCAAGUGACAAGUCAGAUUUACAGGAACUGUUGGAGGCUACACGACUGGACAAAGAGAAAAUUGAGGCCUUGUAUAACAACCUCCAGGAGGAACUGGCCCAUACUCGCAACGAUGCUAAUCGACUACAGGAUACAUUAGCUAAGGUUGAAGAUGAAUACAGAAUCUUCCAGGAAGAAGCCAAAAAACAGAUAGAUGAACUUAGCCUGACUGUUGAAAAACAGCGAUCAGACCUGGAAGAAAAGGAAACUGAGGUAAAUGACAUGAAGGAGACCAUUUUUGAACUUGAAGACGAAGUGGAACAACAUCGGACAGUCAAACUCCAUGACAACCUCAUCAUUUCAGACUUGGAAAACUCGGUGAAAAAGCUUCACGACAUGAAGUAUGACAUGGAUAGGGAGACCAAAAUACUUAACAGGAGACUCAGGGAGGAGUCAGCAGAGUGGAGGCAGUUUCAAGCCGACCUCCAGACUGCUGUUGUCAUCGCUAAUGACAUUAAAUCUGAAGCACAAGAAGAGAUUAGUGACCUAAGGCGCAGACUGCACGAGUCAAUCGAGAGGAGUGAGAAGCUCACCAAAGAACUAGAGGAAGUGAAGGCACGCAAGUACGUGGGAUGUUGUGAUGUGAUUUGGCAAGAUGAAGAGCGGGGGCGUAUGUACAAUUACAUGAAUGCUGUAGAGCGAGAUCUUGCUGCUUUAAGACAAGGAAUGGGUCUGAGUCGCAGAUCAUCUACUUCCUCUGAACCCUCCCCAACUGUCAAAACACUAAUUAAAUCCUUCGACAGUGCUUCCCAAGUUGUCCCUAACACUACUACUGCAGCCGUCAUUCCAAGAAGCCCUCUCAGUCCAAGCCCUCUGAAAACCCCGCCAGCAGCUGCUGUGUCACCUAUACAGAGACAUUCCAUCAGUGGGCCGAUAUCAGCACCAAAGGCUCUGUCAGCACUGACAGACAAAAGAUCAAGUUACACUGAGAUGUCCGUUCCAGCAGAUCACUUACUGAGAUCGUCCUCUGCAAAUCGAUCACCAGCUUCGUUACAAAGAGUUCAGGCCAUUGACUCUGCAAAGUCCAUGUCUGUGUCUCGAAGAAGCAGCGAGGAGAUUAAACGUGAUCUGACUGUCACAGAUAGCUCCUCUCCAUCAUCACUGAUGGUAAUGGCGACUACAUCUCCACAGCUGACUUUGACAUCUUCAUCCCCUACAGCCUCAGUGACACCAACUACACGUAGCCGCCUCAGGGAAGAGAGAAAGGAUCCUUUGUCAGCAUUGUCUCGUGAAUACGGUGGCUCCAAGAGGAACGCACUUCUCAAAUGGUGUCAGAAGAAAACAGAAGGUUAUCAAAACAUUGACAUCACAAACUUCAGCAGUAGUUGGAAUGAUGGGCUUGCAUUCUGUGCCGUGCUUCACACGUAUCUUCCAGCACACAUCCCAUAUCAGGAGCUGAACAGUCAGGACAAGCGUAGAAAUUUUACUCUUGCCUUCCAGGCAGCUGAAAGUGUUGGCAUCAAGUCUACUCUGGAUAUUAAUGAGAUGGUGAGCACGGAACGGCCGGACUGGCAGAGCUUGAUGCAGUAUGUGACAGCAAUAUACAAGUACUUUGAAACAUGAAUCUUGCAACUGUGACCAGCAGAGACAUUGUUUGCAGAGCAACUGUUGGCUUUGGGCAGAAGUGUUGAUACUGCUCUUCACUAUACAACCCUAUGCUGAUCGACACUGUCUCAUUCCAACAACUUCAAACAGCAUCACUUUGAAGAUAAAUAAUAUUCCCCUGGUUCUCUAAUACAUCUAGUGAAGUGUUGUGCUGCUGAGGGGUAUCACCAGGUUGUGUGUUCCAACAUACUCUGCUGAUGUGUGCUUGCAGAGAUAUACUGUUGAAUGUACAACGUCCAGUAGAAGGAAAGCGUAUUAUCAGUUCCAGAUAAGCUGCUGAGAAGAAAGAUUAAGUUACAUGGAAAGGUAAAGGCAGAUUGUUUACAGGUGUUAGUCCAUUCUAACCAGUAAGAUCCAAAGUGUUGUCCUGCAGCAAUGGCCAUUUCUAUUGUAAAACCUUCAGCUCACAGUGAAUCUCAAACAUUAGCCUUGAAACUGCCAAGAUAAAUCAGCCGAGCAAAGAUUUUCAAGGUGAAUAAUUGACCUGUUUAGUAUUAGUACUUGACCCUGAGGAGGGUACUCUGCACUGUCCAUUGACUCUGUCGAAUCCUAAAAUCAUGCUUCAUAGUUUAUUGAUAGACUUCCCCAAAGAAUCAGCUGCCUGAAGGAUUACUCUUUCUCCUUGUGGAAUGGAGAUUAAAUCCAACCCAGAGCAAUGUGGAGAGGUCUGCUGUGUCAAAAAGCAGUGUCUUCAUAACUAUCCUUACUUAGAUCCUCACCAGUUCAAGACCAUAACUUUUAUUUCUGCCCAUAAUGAUGUUUUUCAUUUUCUUAACGGAAACUGAGUAUUCGUUAUCAUAAACAGCUCCUUUCCCUUACAAAUCUGUCAAAGUGCAUAUUUGAAUUCUACAUGACUUUGUUAGGGAUUAAGAUCAUUAUAAGACAGCCAUGUCAAUCUGAUCUGUAACGUCACCCUCACAAAUCUAUCAAUUUCACAUCUUGUGCAGUCUUAUCAGGCACAUUAUAUAAUCCGGAUUUAAAAUCAAAGUGUAAAUCUUUAUGGCAGUUUGAUAUUUGAACUGUUCCAUUGCAUUAGCUUGUCAGAAACCAUUUCUGUAGGCAAAGCUCAAAACUACAAACUUACCAUUACCAAGACAUAAAUCAAUUAGCACAUGAUGGUUGCAGAGGGAAUUAACUUUUUUUUAAACGUGCAUGCUACAAUGCCGCUAUUCUCAGGUCAGCUCAGAGCAUUUCAGACAACAUGCAGUAAAUUUACACUGCACAUAAACCAUGCUGUAGAUGCCAUGGGAUGGUUCAAUGGUGCUGUGUUGAAGCAGCAUUAUGUAUGUAUUUAGUGUAUGAUGUGCCUGUGCUGGGAAUGCUCUAAUGGAUAACUGUCGGGGAAGACUUAUUUUUUUCUAAUCCAUGACUUACCUGUACCAGGAACAUUUUAGUAACCUGCUGCAUGAACUUUACCAAGCUCCAUAAAAGGCAAGAAUGUAUCAAGGAAUUCAGGAAUAAUGCAGUACAAGAAAUUGAAGUAUUUUAUCUCUCAUCUGCUGCUCUCAGUUUAAGUGCUGCCUUGAUAAUGUUACCAGGGUGUUGCAGUGAUUAGGCUGCAUAUAAAUGUAGAAAACACAUCAGUUUUCCAUCAUUACCUCUAAGGUGUAAAUGCAAGUUUGAGUUUCUCAAUCUCCAUUCUGGUGAAGAUCUUUGCCUGAAAGCGUCCCAUCUCUUUUUGACUGGCAAUGCAUAUUUUAAUGGGUUUUAUUACUCCUUGCAUAUUAAUUAUAAUAUAAAUAAACCAGGUGUAACUGAUGGAAAAAUAUUCUGAUGGACUUCUAUCAGAUUGUGCUAUGAAACUGGUUGAAGAUUCUGAUGAACCUCUAACUGACUGUGCGUAUAAUUGAUGCAGAUUGCUAAUGGCCCUCUAGCAUCUGUCCCAAAAGACUGAUGGAAUGUCCUGACGGUUCUCUUCCACAUUCCCCAGUCCAAUUAAUGGAACAUCCUGAUGGAUCACUACCAGACCGUCCUGUACAACUAAAGAUAGAUCCUGAUGGUUCUCAACCUGUCUGCUUGUACAACUGAUGCAAUCCCCUGACACAUCUCUGGCAAACUUCCUGAGAUUAGUGAUGGAAUAUCCAGAUGGAUUUGCGGCUUAUGUAAAUGGUGAAAUGUUAGGACUUGACAAGACUGCCCGAUGAGCUAAUGGUGUCUCCAGGAUUAGGCUGCGAUAUGCUCAGAGCCUCUUUCAGAGCCAGGUUUCUAGAGGUAUUAGGUGCACUGCCACAGUGGCCCUCCAACGGAGAGCUGAGAUUAUUGGUUCCUGGGGAACUCCACCAGGCUGCCCAAGUUGGCCAUUGUGUGCUGUGUGUAAAUGGUGCCCCAACUCUUUUGUUUAUUUGUAGUGAAUAUUAAUACAGCCUCUUUAUACCUUCACUUUUUGACACACACUUUGCUUUAUAUGUCUCAGCACUCACUGUGAUCGAAAGAAAAGUUUAAAAAUCUAAAUGGAAAGACAGGUAACAACUGAAGGUAUCUUGAAGGUAGACACAAAUGCUGGAGAAACUCAGCGGGUGAGGCAGCAUCUAUGGAGAGAAGGAAUAGGCGACGUUUCGGGUCGAGACCCUUCAUCAGGUAUUUUGAAGGCCAGUUUACAUUAAACUCAUCUUUGUUAUAGCACUCCUUGCUGUCUAAUCUCUGAAGUAACAAAGAUUGCUUUUUCAAUUAACAUGCAUAAUUUCUGUUAAAAUAUAUUAUGCCUUCUGUUACGGACUUGCAUUUUUCUUCUAGUUAUUCCUCCUGGCCCCAGUCGUUGCUGUUAAAGUUCACUGUAGUUUAUUUUCUGAGACAGUGACUCUUUUGGUCAAGCACAUUUUUUUUUUUUACAAUAAAUAGCCUUAUCCCAUUGCAAGGUGCCUAAACUAUGCAAUGUUGUCUUCCCCUUAUUACACUACACAUCUUGUGAUCCAUAAUGCAUUAUGUGACAAAUAUCGCGAUGUGCAGAUUGAACUCCCAAGCAUAUCCAUUCUUUGAAAGUUUUAUCUUCAGCGAUGGUUGUUAUUGAUACACAUCAGUAACUUGUAAUAAACACAGCAAAUGCUGGAAGCAUUAAGCAGGUCAAACAGCAUCUGUGGGAAAAGGAGCAGAAUUAACAUUUCAGGUCUCUGACAUGAAAAUGUUAACUCUGUUUCUCUCUCCAUAGAUACCACCUUACCAGCUCAGUGCUUCCAGCAUUUAACGUGACUAUUUCAGAUUUCUAGCAUCUGCAGCCUUUUAUCCUUCAGUUACUUGUACUUUGAUUCAGAUCCUGUAUUACUAAAUGUUUAAUUCUGCAGCUCUGCUCAGUAUUCAAAGCUAUGGGCAUUAUUUAUGUUAUUUACUUAUCAGUAGGAGUGUGUGCCAGCCACGCCAUGUUUCGUAGAAAAAUCAUGUAUUUUAUUGCAUAUAUUUGGAAUGUCUUACACUCUGCUAUCACAAUACAUGCAUUAAAGUGCUAGUAUCCAAGCCAGGCACUCAUUGCAAGGUGUACAGGUUGUUCUUUGGCCAUGUUUGCUGAACAUCCAUGAUUAACCUUAAGAAGUGUAACAUUAUACACAUUAAAGGUCCACUUUUCUUUGCAU